UCCCACUAACGACAGAGACAUUGCUUUUGGGCCAAAGCGCCACAAUACGGGAUUUAUGAUAGAAAAACCCUAUCAUUUGGAUUAGUCACAGAUAAAACAGGUGAGAGACACUGACCUCUACCGGCAGAUUGAAGGUUUUAAAUGAAAAAGUCUUGGAUGGGAGGUGAAACGUCUUCAAGAAACCUACUCCGUCCAGCUGCCCUCGAUGUAACUAGUUUUGGAUCAGGUUUUUAUCGUUUCACAGCUCUGUUGUUUACAGGAAGACAAAGGAGUUUGACGAAAACGAUUGAUGAAAAUUAUCAUUUAAAUAUUGUGUUGUUGUUUCUUAUUUCAAACUUCAGUAAAGAACGAGAACGUGUUUUUAAUCUUACAACGUCCAUUUAACCUCAGUUAUAAAGGAACGUUGGUUCGUGUGCCAUCGGAAAACCCGGAACUUUACUAAUGUGACGCAAACAGGAAGUUUACGUCUUAGCUUUAGCCUCGUGUUCAACCAGAGAGCGGUUAAACCACCGUUGGUCGUGUUUCCUAAAAGAAUCAUCUUUCGACGAAGCAGCGAUGUCUUCAGGACGGUUUAGAGAAUUUAUCAACGAACGAUUAACCGCUGCUGCUGAGGAAAUAUUCACAGCUUUUGAAAAAACUAUCAGCAACUACGAGGAAGAGGUGGAUCGGUACAGAACCAUGCUGGACAUCGUUUGUAAACCGGAAGUGAAGUUACAUCGAAUAGAUGUCCCACUCCAGUGUGGACACAAAAAGGUUCUCGAUGAUCCAGGACCAUGCAGACCAGGGUCCUCACAUAAUGGAGAGAACAAUGGGGAGAACAUCUGCAUCAGUCAAGAUGGAGCAGAAGUUGUUCUGAAGCAGGAAGAUGAUGAAUUCACAUCCUGUCCAGAAAGUCAGGAAGUUGGUCCCAUGGAGUCAGAACUGGAACAAGACCAACAGUUCCAGUGUCAGAGUCCUCCUGCAGUUCUCCUGAGCAAAGACCAGGAUGGAAGUGAAGAUGGAGAAAGAACCAUGGUCCAGGUUGAAGAAGACACAGAUCUUCUACAGGGACAGACGGAGGACACAGGACAAUCAAAAAUCCAGUUCCACGGGACAGAGCUCCCACCACUUCACGUCUUUAAGGAGGAACAUCUGUCUGAUCAUCAUCUCUGCAUGAAGACAAGUGACCACAGUCUGGACCAAUGUGGAUCAGAGUCAACCAAAACUGAAGAAGACCAUCAGGAAGUCAGCAUCAGUCAGGAGAGAGAGCAGUUUGUACUGAAGCAGAAAGAUCAUCAUUCCAUAUUAACUGGAGGGAAAGGAGGAAGUGAUGACAUGGAAGCAGAAGAAGACUCUGACCAUCAGUCCCUCUCUGCUGCAGCUCAAGGUCAAGGUCAAGGUCAGACACCAACAGUCAGUCAGACAACAGAUGACAACAACACUAGUCCAACUGAAUGGGUGUCAAACAGUGACCCCAACACUCCCCCUGGUAAAAAGACCUUUAGAUGUGACACUUGUGGAAAAUAUUUCCUCAGGAAGUCUCAUUUACAAAGGCACAUGAGAGCUCACACGGGUGAGAAACUCUACUCAUGUCAGGUCUGCGGUAAGAGAUUUAGUCGAAGUACAGCAUUAACCCAUCAUAAGAAAAUACACACAGGAGAGAAACCAUACACUUGCACAACAUGUGAGAAAGGCUUUGCACAUAAGUUUCAGUUGAACGAACACAUGAGAAAUCACACAGGAGAAAAACCAUAUUCUUGUGAAACCUGUGGAAAAAGAUUUAGCUUUAGCUCCUCUUUAAAAUACCAUGUAAAAUCACACAAUGAAGAGAAGCCGUACACUUGCAAAACAUGCGAGAAAGGUUUUGCUCUAAAAAGCCAUUUGGCUGCUCACAUGAGAACUCACACAGCUGAGAAACCCUAUCCUUGUGAAACAUGUGGCAAAAGAUUUGGUCGCCCUUCAGCACUCACUCGUCAUAAGGCUUUGCACACGGGGGAAAAACCCUAUUCUUGCAAAACAUGUGGGAAAAGCUUUGUCCAGCAAUCUUACCUGAAGGAGCACAUGAGACAUCACACAGGUGAGAAACCAUAUUCUUGUAAAAUAUGUGGAAAGGAAUUCAGUUUUCUUGCAUCAUUAAAAUACCAUACAACACUGCAUACAAAUGAGAACCCAUACCAUUGUAAAACAUGUGGGAAAGGUUUUGCCUUUAAAUGCCACAUGAAGGAGCACAUGAGAAGUCACACGGAUGAAAAACCAUAUUCUUGUGAAAUUUGUGGCAGGGAAUUCACCUUCCUUUCAUCAUUAAGAUACCAUACAACAUUGCAUACAGAAGAGAAACCAUACCUUUGUGAAAAAUGUGGCAAAGGGUUUGCUUUUGAAUACCACAUGAAGGACCACAUGAGAACUCAUCUCAAAGACAAGCCGUAUUCUUGCAAAAGUUGUAGUAAAAAAUUCUGUCAUGUCUCGACAUUAAAUCGACACAAGAAAACUCACACAGAGGAGACGGCUGGUAAAGAUGUGGGAACUGCUUAGCAUGACACGGCUACCUAAUACGGUAGGGCUGUGUUGGCAAGAAUCUGGUGAUACC